CCUGCACUGCGGCUAGCGGGGCAUCAGUUAAAUGGAAGUUUGUAUGAAAUAAAAAGUUCACGUAGAAGAUACAAAAACGGAUUGUGAGUUCAAAGUGAUCAUCGAUGGAAGACUCUGGAUUUCUGAGAAAUGAACAAAAAGCCGCAUCUGUCAUUUUCGCCUUCCUUCAAACAGAUUGUAGAGACUCAGAUUAUAGCAAGGAGCUUCUUUCCUUGGGCACGGAUUUAAAUCUUGCCCGGGAUAUUAAUUGCAAUGGCCACAUGACAGACAGUCUGCUCGACGGAGACCUGGAAACUGAUGGCGGUAUACAGAGCAACGUUCUCCUAGAUGACAUUCGGCCCCAGGUGGAUCUGCAGUGGUUCAAUGGCCCUGCAGAAGCAGUAGCUCUUCGUGAGAUUGCAGAGAGGCUGAACGAUAUUGCGGCCCAGCUGGAACGCAGCAUUGUGGCUAGAGCCGCCCAGAACCUGAGCCGGAACAUUAGAGCCUCUCCUCCUGAAGAGUGGAAUUACCACCUUUCACACGAGGUAGAAAGGGUGAUGAAGCAAGGUGUGGGACUGGAGAAUCUACCCCAGGAGCGAGUCAUUGUGGCCCUCUCCCUGGCCAUUGUGAGGGGAGUGUGCAAGCAGACACCACAGCUGCUGAGACGCCUCUUUGACACAACACUGCACUUUAUUUGCCGUGCAGGGCCUAGGUGACUUGAGCUGCAGGCUCAGAGGAAGCAGCGGUGAAAUGCAAGGUGAAAGACGGCAUGAAACCUGCGUCUGCUCAACAGAACAGACUGUAAAGUGCUGCUUUGUUUGUUGAAAAUACUUCACUGACUAAAGGAAUUUGGGGAAUUUUUGUGUGUGCAGUCCCAUUUUUAAAAUGGGGAACUGAAAAUUCAGUCUGUAAUACUUGAAUUGUUUAUUACUUUACAUGUAUAGGAUUACACAAUGUUUCAGAUUCAGAAUCUUUUCAUCAUAAACUUUAAUGACAUGAUUAGUUAUAUUUGUUUUGGGAUAAACAUGACAUCUAUAGUCAUAUUAUCCAAGAUGACAGUUUCUUAAUUUCAGUCUAAAUGUAUUGAGCUCGUAUUCUAUAUGAAUGAGAGUAAAUAAACCACCACUAAAGGUCA